CUCUAAUAAAGCCAAAGAAGAAAAGCAUCGCAAACGCAAAACUGUUGUUGUGGCAGUUGUGGCUGCGACAGAUGCAGCGUUGCAGCUUGCGGCAUGCCACAGGCAGUCGCUGACUGAAGUUCCGUUAAUAAUGUUGUUAAAACGCGAUGCGUUGAUAAGCGCUCUCGUUUUGACGCUCUAUUAUGUGGGCGUGGCUGUGGCCCACCACGAUCAACGUGAUUUUGUGACGAUGGGCGUCAAGAAGAGUCGACGUGGCAACACCAGAUCAUCAUCAGCGCCACAGCGAUUCGGCGGCAUGGCCAUCGAUGGCAUUGGCUUCCACUAUACGCUACGCUAUCAGCCGGGCUUCCACCUGCAGAAAUUCGCACAGCAAAUGGAGCCGGAGAUGACAAUGGCACCACCAGCACCACAAGAAAUGCCUGCCACAGAGAUGCCUGCAAUGCCCACAGAGCCAGCACCACCAGCGCCGACCACCAUGCCACCGGAUGAAGAGCCAGAGCCAACAAUACCCAUGCGUCCGACAACAGAGCCACUGCCCGAUCCACCACAGACAAUGCCACCAACUGAUAUGAUGCCCACUCCCGCUCCCUCUGAUAUGAUGCCAAUGCCAAUGCCAACACCUCGGCCUUCGAUGCGACCUUCAGUGCCGCCCACACCGUCGACAACACGCAGCUCCAUCAUGCAGCCGCAAACUUUUCCCGGCAAACUGGCGCUGAAGCUGAAGCAGCUCAUCUUUGGCUCACCAGUCGAAGCGAAUCUCAUACUGAAGCAGCCAAGCGCACCCAAAGCCAAGGGCAAGGGUUUCCUAAGUCUCUUCGAGGUGAUCAAGUUCCCCAACACCAAGUGCAGUGUCUCCAUGGGCGACAUACGCACCAUGGAAGGUGUUUGCUAUCACGAGUUCGAGUGCAAAAGUUUGGGUGGCAUUCCCACCGAGAGUUGUGCCGAUGGUGUCGGUGCCUGUUGCAUCUUUGUUAACGGUUGCGGCGAUGUUACCAGCCAACAGACCGUAUACUUCGAGAGUCCCAACUAUCCGCAAGCGGUGCGCGAAAUGAUGAUCUGUGUGCUGAUCGUUAAUGUGCGAAAAGGUGUGCAGCAGCUGCGACUCGAUUUCCAAAUGUUUGAGCUUAGUCGCCCCACCAAUGGCGAUUGCAUAGAUGAUCAAUUUAUUAUAUCAGGCCACAAUACUAAUUUUAAUAUACCUAUUCUCUGUGGCAUCAACACUGGUCAACACAUUUACGUACACGUCGGAGACUCUAAUGAGGGCAAAGUGUAUUUCUCGGUAUUUGUCAAGGUCUCUGGCGGUGGUCGCUCCUUCAAUAUCAAGAUAACUCAGGUUGAUGAUGAUCUGGCGCCAGAUAAUUGCCUGCAAUAUUAUAGCGAUGGUGAAGGGAUUAUCAAGUCCUUUAACUACGAUGCGGAUGGCAGCAUUGUAAGCAAUCGGGAGGCCACUUAUUUGAACAAUAUGAACUAUGCCAUAUGCUUGGCACGAUCCAAAAAUGUGUGUAGCAUCAGUUAUAAUACAGAGCAAUUGGGUGGCGAUCAGCCUGACUUUCAGAUCGUCAACAAGGAUGAAUCUGAGAAUGAUCUGGUUUCCGAUGGUCAGGCUGGCGCUGGCAUCUUCAAUUGCCCGGACGAUUUCAUAGCCAUCAAUUCGGUGCGGUUGUGCGGAGAGAGGUUCAACGAUGGCACCGAGAACGAGGAUUUCAACAUGCAUGCUACAGUGAGGGAUAUUGCCGCCGGACCCAUUGUGUUGCCCUUUCGCAGCGAUGCCGAAUAUGUGGGUCGCGGUUUUCGGCUCGUCUACAGGCAGGAAUUGUGUGUCUAAGAUGGAUACGCUAACGUAACGUUUAUUAUCGUUAUCGUUACGGUUACAGCUAUGGCUACGGUUGGAUUUACUGUUAGUGUUACUGUUAGCAGAUCAUAGACUGUGUGUAUGAUGACGAUGUUGUUUGCAUUAAAGUGUUUUUUUUUGUUGAAUAUGUUACGCUUCAGUCCAAAUCUUGAAUCCACUUGAGGCGCCUUUCGUUUGCGUUGCUAUGGGAAAACUUGACAUGCAUGCGACCAUUUCCGUUCCCUUAGCCAUUCCCAGUUGCCAGUUGCCAAGUUCCCAGGUUGGCUGUGUUAAUGUGUUUUAUGUAUUUCAAACGAUUUAGUUUUGGCCACGCCCCCCCUGAGCAUACAGCGCACAGCCGACUGGGCGGUCUGCAAGUUCGUAGUUCACAGUGUAUCGCGUUGGUGUCGGUUGACAGGUUUAUUUACAACAGAUUUUCAGAUUUUCCGAUUUUCAGAUUUCCCUGCUUGCUUCCUCCUCCUCCUCCUUGACAACUAUGACGAAAUCUAUAACUUGCCGCAUCGUCGCGACUUCGUUGCAAGUUGUCAGUUUGCCAGUUGCAAGUUGCUGUUGCAGUCGUUGCUAGGGCUGCUGUUGUUGUUGUUGCUGUAUGCGCUAUCGUGGUGUUGGUUUCUAUGCUUAAAUUUGUAAUAAAUUUGAUUUUUUCCUUUCGAUUGCGAAUUUUCAUUGUUGCUUUUGGCUGUCGUCGUCGUCGUCGUCGUCGAAGUCGUCGUAUGAUAAAGUCACAAUUAACCCACGCCUUUUUCGUAGCGGUACUCUUACAUAUAUUUGCAUAUCAUUUUGAUUGUUUGGAUCGCUGUCUGAGCCGCUGACAUGGUGAUGACUAAAAGUGUGCACCACCAACACCACAGCAAUGGCAACAGCAACAGCAACAGCAACAACAUAGACCACAUUGGCAACAUCGACAAGAAACCAGCAAUCAUAAAAUAGACAACAACAAAUAUUGCAUGCAAACGUUUUGAAGUUUGUCAUCAAAUGGCGUCUGAUGGUUGUCACCGUGGGACAAAGUUGCCAAAAGUAGAAGGGGGAAGAAAGAGAAAAUAGUUGGCAUUCAUUCACAAAAAAGAAAUUUAUUUCUAAAGAGA